GUAGAACAAAUCGUGGUGCCGUUUGGUGUAUGUUCCCUGUCCAAGAACGAACGCGACCAGGGAACAAGGAUGGCGACACAACACUCUGAUAAACGCAUCAAACUCUUUCUUGAGAGGAGUAUAGAGCGCCUGCCCUUCGACAUCACUCAGAAAGCCGAGGAGAUCUACCUUCCAGAUGGUGAUCCUUCUGAAAAGCUGAAGCGCAAGGUCAAGGCCAUUGUAGAGAUUGCUGGAGACAACUAUGACCAGUUUACAGAGAAUAUAGCAUCAGCAGACCUGAAGCAACAGGACGACAAAUCAGCAGCACUAGCGACAGAAAAAGACGAUGCAGCCGAUGGCGAAAAGGAUGCGGAACCAGCACCAGCAAUAGUACCGGCAACAACAGCGGUAGCUGGGCCUGCUUCGGCUGCGAACACACGCGUCAAUCCACCACAGGCGAUCUAUGCAAAGCUAUGGCAUGCACAGAGUGAAAUUGGGCUGGCGCUGGAUGUUCUGAACAUUAUCAUUUCGUCGUACCAAACUACUUCGGGAACCGUCGGAGGAGCAGGAAGCGGACCUAUCUCAACUCUACCCAAUGCACCCCUGACAGCGCUCCCACCAGGAUCACUCAAAUGCGAAUAUGUUCCCAAAGCGCCACUACCGCUUUCGGCACUCAUCUCAAAUGAAAAGAUGGCGCUCGGAGGCAAGAAACACCAGUUGCGCAAUGCGGCUGAUAUUCUGAUGCAGGGUGCUCAAAAGCUGAAAAAGGUUAUGGUGGAUGAGGGACAGUUCUGGGAGGGUGCUCUUCGGCUGAGAAAGAACAAUUGGUGUAUCGUCUCGGCUAAAACUGGAUCAGGGCAGCAACCACACCUUUACCAUGGCAAUCGACUGGCGAGUGGAACACAGCUAUUUGUCCACUAUGGAUUCCGUGAUGUCGGAUCCCUUUAUAGUGAGCGUGCAUAUGCGGAGCUCGUUCGUGAUCAGUCUUCUUCAGAAACGGCAUCAGGAAAAGCAGGAAGCAUCAAAUUGCACAUCCCCAACAAGACUAGGAAGAUGGUUGUUAUGAGUCUUGUCCAGCAAGGAGAGCCGCAUACCCAGGGUUCAAGAGCGUCUCAGCCUAAAAACAGGGAUACGCUACAUACCCAGCUUUUGAGCGCCCAGAACGCUCUCUUCGAUAAUGAACUUUUUCAGGAGCUGAUUAACGAGGCACGGACAAUGAAUAACAGCGUCUCUAUUGUGGACAAUGAGUUGUUUCUACCCAUCAACGACGAACUGGAACUCAAAAUUGCACACAGAACACCGACUUCUGAAGACCAGACAACAUCGUUAUCUUCAAUAUCACCAUCAUCAUCGCAGUCAAGCGCUCAUGAUAUCUGUCAAAGCGGCUACAAGGACAAUUUUGCCAUGAAUUUGAAAGGCACUGCGGAGAUCCUUCGAUGCACGAUGCAGCUAAUGCAACACCGAAGGUAUCGCCAAAACAUCAAAGAGCGAUCAGAUAGCUUUUUCAAGAGCUCUCGUCCUGGCGGUGGGCGCACCGCUGGCUCGUUUGGACAGCUUCAGCAGACGCUCCAGCAGCGUCCGACGGCCAUGCUCAGUACGACUCUCCAGGUAUUGCAGUAUUACUCGUUCUCCAAGAGGAUUCGUGAGGCACUUGGCAAAGUAACCCGUAACCUGAGGCAGAAUUGGUGGGAACCGAUCAAUGUACACUCUGUCGACAUUAAGUCUCCACCGCAAAGCACCGCUUCAGCAGCGGCGGAAUGUAGCACAUCAACGGCACUCUCGGGAUCAACUUCUCGAUCUGGAUCGAACUUUGGAAUGGGCUCUGCAGUCUCAAUCCAACUCGGAAGUCAGGCUCCUGCGGUCCGGUUCGUCAUGCGAUCACAUCCGGCACCAUGUGUUAUACUUCAGCUAUCCAAUCGUCCUUCAGCACCGAUCAUGCAUGUGGCAGAGUUUGAGCGGGUAUUGGAACAAGAGCUGGCAGCACGGGCCAUAGGACGGAUCUGCGAAGUUAUCAACUCAAUCGAGACCUGGAGUGAUUCUAUGCCGACACUACAGAGUCCCAGGUUCGUGAUUGACAUUGACAAGCGGUGCGUUGGAGUCUUUCAGAUCCCACAGCGGAAUGGUACAGCCAGUGUCAAAACAAUCAGCGUACUGUUGCAAUUGGAUAUGAAGGCAGAGCGGGCGAUCAGUAUUUCCCUUACUUGCAAGCAGGGCAACAACACCGGGCAGAAGCAGAUCUUCCUGGAGGAUCAGCAGUUUCAAAACGCGCAUGGUCGCGACGCAUCCGGAAGCACCAUUCAUCCUUACGACCAGUCAAACUCUACCGCGCCAAGUUUGCGCAUAAUGGAGAUGACUAUGGAGAGAUUCAGGACAUGGCUGAAGCAGAGUAUCCAGGCGGAAUUAGGUCUUUAAUCAAGGCUGCUGCCCCUUUAUGCGCAUAAUAAAACCCCAUAGAGAGUCAU